CAGCCGAAUGGAUAAGCUCUCUUUUAAAAUCAAAACGGCCCGCCCAAUUAUGAAGGCCCAACCCAACCCAUUUUCCUCCUCCAAAGCCGAUCGAGGACGUCAAAGGGUUGGCUGUCACUCAAAAGUUGAAGAGAUGGCGAGUAGGAGGGAUGGAGAGAACAAGGGUUUGCUGUGGAAGCUUCCAGUCCUCAAAACCCAGCAACUCGGCAAGUUGGGUCCCGCCUUUGGCUUCGGCGUUGGCUGUGGUGUCGGAAUCGGCAUCGGCCUCCUCGGCGGCGUAGGAAUUGGUCCUGGGAUUCCCGGCAUGCAAGUUGCUUUUGGCGUUGGUGCUGGAUGCGGAGUUGGGUUAGGAUUUGGCUACGGCGCUGGCAAGGGCGUCGCUCGUGAUGACAUCCGAAAGUACUCCAAUGUUGGCAAUCUCUUUUAUGGUGAAAAUGUUGGCAGUCGUUCUGGAAAUCCCACCUCCCAGGAUGAAAUAGGCGCUCUUGUUGACGAGCUUGUUGAUAAUACCAAGAAACUGGUCAGAGCUACUACAAGAGAGAUCGACAAGUGGACAAAAUGAGUUGAGCAGCAGCAGCUUGCUUGCUGAGUUCUAGGGUACACAUUUUAAUGGGGGAUUAUUUAGGCAUUGGGGUCAUUAGGGAUAAUACAUGUUUUGUGUGCAUCUAGGCAUACAAAGUUUGCUUAUGUUAUUUUUACAAGUCUGUUCUUAAGUUGCUACACCUCUUUAAUUUGUGUACAGUAUGGUUUAUCUCAAGCUUUGGAAGAUGAAAUCAAUAAUGGAUUGUGAAUUUCCUUUUAGAGUUUGGCAGCUUCACAUGCCUUUAUAUAUGUCAGUUAGGUUU